AUGGAAAACGUCCCUAACAACUCUAGAGCAAACAAGCAUUCAAAAGGCCGUCAGAGAAUUCCUAUGGACCGUCGUCGAGAGAGGGAAGAAGAUCAACAAGUCUCUUUCUCCAAACUCCGUAAUGGAUUGUACAAAAUGAUCAACGAAUUGAGCCUCGUUUGUUCUAUCGAUUUUAUUUUCAUGAUCUUAUCUCCAUCGGGGAAGCUCUUCUCUUUUGCUUCACUGAAUAUGGAGUUGAUUGCAAUGAAAUUAGUCAAUAACAAGAAACUCGAUUGUAAUAUGGAAACUAAUUUUCCUACUGAGGCAUCUUUUAGAGCAAAUAUGGCUAGACUAACAAGCCAACUUGUUGAGGUAAAGAAACAAUUGGAUAAGGAGAAAGAAAGAGAAAAACAAAUAAAUAAAAUGGUUAGUGCACGUAAAACAAAAUCGAUUAUCGAUACUCCUGUUUCGAAUCUCAAAGAGGGUGAUGCUCAAAUGUUAGAGGAUUGGCUUAAGAAGGUUGGGAAUGAUUUGCAUACAAGGAUAAACCAACUUAGCGGAGACUAA